UGGCAUAUAGAUCGUAUAACUUCAUUUGGAAUAUCAUGGCCGUUUUCCUUGUAUGGUCGUAGUGGAAACAAGAAAAUGGAAAACAAAGUUUGACAGUUCGAGGCAUACGUAAAGGCUAAUAUUUCCACAAGGAAUUCAUAGUUUUCACAAUCACUGCAGGUCAGCAUCAGUAUUCCUUCUUCAUUUGGAGACCAUCUGAAAACAUCUAUAGCAAAAAUAAUCUGUCAGUUCUAUUCAACAAUUAUAGCUGUCUUUGAAACAGGAUGAAAAGAAAACAUAAAUGAGUUACCUUUUUUUGCAAUGGAAAACCUCAAAGAACAUUCCCCUUAUUGUUUAAAUUCUACAGAUUUUUUGGGAACUAGAUAUUAUGUAUGUGAAAUGCCAUCACUUUAAUACAUUGCAAUAACAAUGACGAAAAAUCAUUUCCAUACGCUUGGCCUGAAACCAGGCUGUUCAGAAGAAGAGGUUAAAAAAGCCUAUAGAUCUCUUGCAAAAAAGUUCCAUCCCGAUAAAAACAAGGACCACGAUGCUGAAGAAAAAUUUAAAGAAAUUGCUGCAGCAUACGAUGUUCUUAAGAGUGAUGACCGUAGAGAAAUUCAUGAGAGAGAAGUUAAUAAUCGACAUAGAGAGACAAAUGCAUCACAUACCUUUACUUUCACAAGAAAAACCAAUAGUUACCAUAAUCCUACCAAUCAUGAACAUGAUGACCACAGUUCAUGGUCUAGAAAGUUUGGUAAAGAAUCAGAAAACAGAUAUAGAAAUUCAAAUUUUGGAAGUUUUGCCGAUGAAGGGAAAGAGCCUUCUGGACAUAAGAAUGAGCACACUGGAUAUAAAACAGGAAAAAAAUCGCAGCAGAAGACAAAAAAGAAACAGUCGACUCGAUCAAGACCCCGUAGACCUUGGUCGCACGAGUGGACAGCACCUGACGACACUGAUCAGUUCUAUGAUCCACGUCCGCCAAAGUCAAACUUUUCUUUCGCCUUUAAAUCAUUUGUAGAUGAUUUAGGGAUGAGUUUUGAUGCAUUCUUUUUGGGACAUGAUAUUCCUAAUGGAGGUUUUGGAUUUUCAAGUUUUUUCGAUGCACCAGACCCUUUCGAAGAAUUCUUCCGGCGUGGCACGCCUGGUUCAUUUAAUACAGCACGCUCACAGCCUAGAAAUCAUAAACAUAACGUAGCAUUCGAGGAGGGAGCCAAUGGGCUUGAUGACGAAUAUUUCUUCUCUCCAUCUCGGUCAACGUCAAGGCAUACAUUUAACAAAGAGAAUCAUUUUGGGGGGCACAGAGGUGGUGGUAUGAACUAUGAUGAUUCCGAUGAUGAUGACAUGGAUAGCAGGUUGUUUAAAUGUACAUACUGCGAGAAGAGGAUGCCUUUUAGUCAGCUUUCUAUGCAUGAGCCUGGAUGUGCGUUACGUCAUGGAGGAAGAUUCGAUGCAAGUGAUGAGGAACCAGAACCAAAACACAAGCCGGAGGAUAUAUUUAGUGGUAAAGGUAGUCCUGAAGAGGACCAAUAUCCACAGAGAAAUGGUGACUGGAGGUCGACACACGAAGAACUGCUGCGUAACAUCAGACGAGCCAAGCGUGCUGCAAAAGCAAGUCAGAGACGAUACAGCUCAGCCACAACUCCAUCAACUAAGGACAGUGCUAGGGAAAGUGCCAGAGAUGAUGGUGUUGCUCAGAUAAAAUGUAAAUGGUGUGGCCGAUGUUUCAGUCAUCCAGCUGCCAAACACCACAUUCCAUUCUGUGAGAAAUGGACCAAAGAACAUGGUACACCUCUAAAUCCUGCAGGAAAAACAGGACCACCAGAUGCAGGGAGCAAAACCCACAGAGGGAGAGAGUAUGCUAAGAACAUACCUCGACCACGUGGUAACUCAAGCGAGUCAGAAUCUCCAAGAAGUCAUUAUGAUCACUAUCCUAAUGUGGGUGUUCACACAAAGAGAGAGACAAUGGAUAAACCAGGUCCUUCAUCAAGCACAGGUCUCAAUGCUUCAUUUAGUUCAAGAGACAAGACAUCCCCUGGACCAGGUGUAAGCAGCUCUACCACUGUGAAUACUGGCAGAGGCCGAGCGACAAAUAGAACAACAGCUACUGGCAGGUUUAAAUCUCCAUUGGCGGAUGAGGAAGGAUCAUACAGCAGUAGGCUAGAUGAUCAGUAUGGGUUUGGACUAACAGGGUCAAGGAUAUCCACAGAACCUCGUACUAGAGGAAGCACGUGCCAAUCCUGCAAAAGAAAAUACGGUAUCCGUGGACAAGUGCUAUGUAACUGUGGAGUAAGAAAAUCAGGAUCUUAGUUUAUAUGGUUCUAAUGUUAUUGUACGUGUUUAAACAAAAGGUUGGAUCUUAAUUUGUAAGCUCCUUAUGUUAUUGUACAUGUAUAAACAGAAGGCGGGAUCUUAGUUCGUAAGAUUCUUAUCAUACAUGUUUAUACAAAAAGGACCUUGAUAGGGAAUGUAGAUGUUUCACUGGAGUAUAUAUAAAUUGUCCAUUUAAUGAACAUUAGCAUUAGAAAUCUGAAUAAAGUUUCAGUUUUACUGGUGGUGGCUAAAUGACAUUGUUUCUGUGUUCACUGUAUAUUUUUCCAGUUUUGAAGUGCUAUUUGAAGGCAAGAUCAUGUUAUUUAUGAAUUAUAAUGUGUUGAAUUGUAAUAUGUAGAAAAGGAUCUGAUUGCUGCCAAGAAGUAAAACAAGUUUUUUUUUUCUCCAAAAUACCAUAUAAAAUGAAAGCAGAUCGGAUUUUUAAGAUAAUAGAAGUAGUUGCCAUUAUUUGUUGGGAUUUGAAAAAUGAAAAUUUUCAAGCAUUGAAUGAGACUUUAUAGUAGGAUUUUGCUCUUCACAAUAACUGCACUAGGAUAAAUUGCCAAAAAUAGUUGUGGAUUAUUGGUGAAUUUUUAUCUGUAUUAUAAAAUGUAUGAUGAUACAAAAUCAUUGACUAUAAUUGAUACAUACAUUUUUGCUUGACCAUGAAAUUUCUAAGAAGAAUAUCAUGUAGUUGAAGAAUUGUUUGGAAAGAAUUUUAACUCAGCAGAGCUCGCUCAGGAUUUUAAACCUGCCAUUGAUAAAACUGUGAAUAUAAGAUAUUUGGAAGUUCAGUAAUUUGGUAACAACAUAAAAUCUUAUUUGUGUGACCAUUACAAAAAAGUGUAUAAAAGGGUUUGUGGUAAUUUCCAUGAAAAGAAGCAUUUCUCCAUAAAUAAACCAUUGAUCCAUCAGAUUUAUUUAUUCCAUUCACAUAACCAUGCACCGAUUGAGACUGAGUCUGUGAAUAUUUUAUUAAUUUUGAUGCACAACCUAUUCCAGUUUACCAUGGCACAAUAUUUAUAUUUUUGUUUGUAUGAAGGGUAAAAGGGGAGGUCACUUAUGUAUAACAUAGUGCUCCAGUGUGAAACAUGGCUAAUACUGUUUAAUCUAGUAUGUUUAAUUCAAGGGUUUAGACUGAUUUCAUAUUGUAUGCAAUACUUAUGAUAUUUUAAGGAUUUUAUUUUCAUCUUUUUGGGCCAAAAUCUAUCACCAGCACAGAUUGGGAUUAAUGUUAAGCAAAUCAUCUCUCUUAUGAAAAGUAAAGCAGAAGCUACAAAUAUAGUGAUGAAUAACUAUUAUUUACAAAUCGAGCGCCUGUGGCGGUGUGAUUGAAGUUAUUGACUUCAAACUACUUUCCGCUCACCGCUGUUGGCUCGAAUGGUAUCAGGGACUUUGGAUUCUUUCAUUUGAGGAAGCUAUCAAGCUAGCUUAUGGAAUGUUUGUGGUUUUACUCCAUUGCCUGCUUGUGCCUGAAAUAAUGAACAAAGAAGCAUCUGAGGUCUUCCUCCACCACUCCACCGGUAAAGCUUGUAAGUCGACAUAUGAACUCUACUGUUCUACUGUGUGAAGUAUAACACAACCAAAAAAAAGAAACCAAAAUAAACAUGAACAUUCCUCGUAUACAUUUUGUAAAAGGCAAAAUCUAGCAUUCAAAAAUUAUUGUUUGUCUCUGACUUAUUUUUCUUAAAAUGUAAACAGCACUGUAUAAAAAGUGCAACAAUCUGGAAAUCUUUACUUUUUCAAUUGGAGAGGGGGAAAAAACACAUAGUUUUUGGCAUUUGGAAAACUGUCUUUCUUUUAUUGGUGGUAACUUAAUUUCAUUAAUUUAGAUAAAUGGCCACUGUUUUCUUGCUGUAAAUUUUUUGAUACAAGAAAAUAAAAUCUUACAUGCAAAUGACAAUCAUGCUAAGUUAUACAGUAUUGGAUAUUUGCAGUAUGUUGUAGAUCUCUUGUGAUAAAUACCUCAGGUUUUUAAAGAUAUAGAUUAUUUUACCUGUCCUAAUAUGCCUUUAAUAUAGACUUUAUUUUUUACACAUGCCUAUAAAUGUGAUGUAUGUAUUCAUACAUGUAAUAUAUCAUAUGUAUUUUAAUGAUUGUACCUGUACAUUUAUAUAUGUGAAUGCUGAAGCUAUAGUUGCACUCAAUUAUUGGUGCAUUUUUGAAUUUUUAAGGUACUAAAGUAUUAGUAUUGUGUUUUAUAUAAUUUGAAACUUGUUUUAAGAUACAGUAUAGAACUUUACUUAUUUGAAUAUGAUCAAGAUAUAGUUAUAUUUUUGCUUAAAAUAGAACUACAAAUAAUGACAGUAUUCAUACAAUAAUAUUAUUUACUUAAUACAGAAAUAAUUAACAUACAGUAUUCCUAUUUUUUAUUUCUGAUUUGGAAAACUUAAGAUGUAUGAUUGAUUAUCCAUCCUAAGUCUUUCCUGCUGAUUUGGAAAACUAAAGAUAUUUCAUUGAUUUUCCAGCAUCCUAAAAUUCUUAUAAGAUGCUACUUCCCAUUGUUCUUGUAUUUAGAACAUUAUUUUUCCUCAUUAUUUAGAAACACUUUACUGUAUUUAUGUUUGCCCUAUUAAAGUAGAAAUACUGUGGAUGAAUUAUGAUUCUUUUCCAUUAGUUAUUUGGUAAUAUUUACUGGUAAGAUGAAGUGUUCAUUUUUGCUAACAAGGAAUUAAUUAUAAUACCACAUUUAUUUUUUCUUAUACUGGAAAAGCAUUGAGGAAGCAUUAUUGAAUAUUGUACUUGAUUUUUGGUUAUGCAUUAUAACAUUAUCUAAAAAACUUCCUAUCAUGUUAAACCAACAUUAUUAUAAUGGUUUAGUUCUGUGUCCGUAUUUAUUAAUUUCUGAAUAAUUUGAUGUUAAACGUGGCAAUGGAGACUGAAUGUCAUUUUUUGUUUGUUUUAGAAACUUUUAGGGCAUAUUUCAGUUUAGAUGAGUCAGCUGUUUGUUUUAUUUGUUUGUUUUGUGGAUUUUAUUUGUUGUGAUUAUUAUGUAAUGAUUGAUUUAAUGAUUGAAUUAAUUUAUUUAUUUAUAGAUUUAUGUAUAUUCUCUGUCUAGUUUAACUACAGCAAUAUUUUUCUUCAUUUGAAAAACCUAUUUUAUUGUUAAUAUUAAAAGCAAAAUGGCUGUUAAAUGUUUAAUUUUACAUAGAAAUUAGAUGUGUUUUGUUAAUUAAUUUAUUUUGUUUAUUUGUUUCCUUCUAUUGAUGCUUAGCAAUUAUGAUUUGAUGUGGUAUGCUCUUGUAUGAUUAUAUAUUUUUAAUGAUAUAUAAAAAUCUGGUGUUUACAGAACAUGUUUGUAGGAACACAAUUUCAUAAAUCUUUUGGAUUCAGAUCCUAAAUGACAAAAUAAUUCUGUUUUCUCAACAAAAAUUCAUUUCACAAAGUUUUGUGUUUAUUUUGACGAUAUAUUAAUGCUUUCAUUUUUGUUCUCAAAAAGAUAUAAGGUUGGAUAUAAAUUGCCAGAUAAGAAAAGAGUAUUUCUAAGCCAGCUAGUUUCACUUUGAUUUUGCUCUAUUAUUUGGCUCAUUCUUUAAUUGCUGUGAUGUAGUCUCAUUUUAGUUCGUCCUGUCUUUUCAACAAGAUAUUAUCUUUUGUUUCUUGUUUGGCUUCCAUUAUUUUACAUCUUUACAUCACUGCUCUUAAUGUUUAUUAUGUCAUUUAUGCAUUGAUUUGUAUAUUUUUCUUGUAUUUCCAAAGUUCUUUCAUUGUUCCCUCCCUUUGUUUAUACUUGUAUGUUCUUUGUGUAAACAUCAGUCUUAUGUUUCAAGUUUGGCUAUUACUUUCCGUUUUCAAAAUAUUGUUAUCUUUUGUUAAGUCCCAUUUACCAUGUGAAAUGUUUUACCUAUCAAAAGCUUCAAAUUUGUGGUCAUGUGAUAAAAUCUUCUGGUCAUUCAGGUUCUAUAUCCAUUGUUGUUUAAAAUCUCCAAAAUGUUUGUUAUAUCUCUUCUGUUAUUUAUUGUGUUAACUUGUAAAUUUGUUCCACACUUUAAAGCACAACACUUACAGAUAUUGUUAAAUGAAAAAAUGUGCUAAAUCUAAGCAGGGCAAGGCACUGACAAACCAUGUCAGUUACAGUAAACAUGUCAACAUAUGCAAAAAUAGCCCUUAUUCCAUUAGUUAUAGGUUACAGAUAUGAUGGUUAAAACAAUGAAUAUAUUUCAUAUUUUGCAAAUACCAUGAUGGUAAUAUGUUACAUGGACUAAGAAUACAUUUCCUAUACCCUUAAUGUAUUUGUUUUUUGGGUUUUUUCUACUUUUUUGACAUUGUUUUUCUCAGCUGGUAGCAAGCACCUUUUAAGAAAAGUGUACCUCUUGAAAUUGCUGUGUUAUGUGUUGGCCUUGUUUUUCUUAAACCUUUGUCAAUUUGUUUUAUAACUUAGGAAGCUUUCCAUAUGUUAAUCCAUUUUGCCAAAAUGUUAUCACAUUUUCUGUAAUUAAUGUGCAACUCAUAUAUGUAGAAAAUUAUGCUUACAAUACACAACAUUCAAAAUACAGUUCGAGAUAUAUGUGUUAUCAUCCUAGUUUAGUUAUAGACAUAAGUUGUUGUUUUUUUAAUUAGAAAUAUUAUGUAAUUAUUUGUUUUCUUGUUGUAGCUUUUCUCUGUCUGUACUCUCAGAUGCAUCAGUGUUUAAAUCAAUAGUUUUUGUUAGCGAUUGUUUUCUUACAAAAUAACACAUAUUCAAUGUUAAAGAUUGUCAUUAUAACUUGUUUUUCUGUUCUAUAAAGUCUAAUGUAUAAAAAGUAGCUGGCUAAGUCUACAAGAUAAUGAAAUUUUAUUAAAAACAGUAAGUAUGUGAUGUGCUUAUGCUUGCCAUAUUGUGAUAUAGUAUUUUGUUUUGUUAGGGUUUUUUUUUGUUUGUUUUUGCUUCAUUUUGAUGUUUUAACUUUGUGUGUAUUUAGCACUUACUGACUUACUGUAAAGAAAUGUAGAGUUUUGAGCAUUGAAUUUAAAGUUGUAGAUGACAACAGAAAAUUUUCCGAAUAUUUAGUACAUACUCUAUAUUAUACAGGUUAACUCUUAUAGGGAUAUAACAGUUUAUGAAUAUUUUUGAAAACAUUUAAACAAAUACAUUUAUAGUAGUAUUAAUUUCUUAAUUAUAUGUGAGAGGAUGUGUUGGAGUUUUUGUUGCCAUGUAGUCAUAAGCUCGCUUCUUCAGUGGCAUUAGAUAUGUCCCCACUAUGCUAUCAGUAUAGUGAUUGAUGUUUUUGGCACUAUUGUGCUGUUUGACAAGACUGCGUAUUGUUGCUUAUCUUUUUUGAUAAAACACUUUCAAGUACUGUUUUAUAUUUUUCACACUAAAAUAAAAGAAAGUAAACAAGAGCUUUUUAGCUCACCUGUCACAAAGUGACAGGGUGAGCUUUUGUGAUCACUUUUCAUCCGUCUGUCCGUCGUCUGCCCGUCCGUCCGUAAACUUUUACUUUAAAUGACAUCUCCUCAUAAACCACUAAGCCAAUUUCAUCCAAACUUCACAGGAAUGUUCCUUUGGUGGUCACUUUUAAAAAUUGUUCAAAGAAUUUAAUUCCAUGCAGAACUCUGGUUGCCAUGGCAACCGAAAGAAAAAACUUUAAAUAUCUUCUUUUAAAAAACCCAUAGAGGUAGAGUUUAGAUAUUAAGCAUGAAACAUCUUCUAGACAGUGUCUACAAAGUUUGUUCAAAUAAAAGCCCUGGGGUCAAAAUUGGCCCGCCCCGGGGGUCAUUGAUUUUCCUUAUAUAUGUAUGGCACAAACUUAAAAAUCUUCUGUGAAAAAAUCCAAAUAGCUAGAGUUUAGAUAUUUAGCAUGAAACAUCUUCUUGUAAGUGUUUACAAAGUUUGCUCAAAUCAAAGCCCUGGGAUUAAAACUGGCUACACCCCAAAGGUGUCAUUGUUUUUAACUAUAUGUGUAAAGUAAAAACUUAAAAAAAAACUUCUUUUAAAAAACCCAAUUAGCUAGAGGUUAGAUUUUAGGCAGGAAACAUCUUUUUGUUGGUGUCUACCAAGUUUGUUCAAAUAAAAGCCCUUGGGUUAAAAUUGGCCCUGCCAAAGGGGGGGGGGGGGUGGAGAUCAUUGUUUUUCAUUUUAUGUGUGUAAUAAAAACUUAACAUCAUGAAACAUCUUCUAAUGGGUGUCUUCCAAGUUUGUCAAAUAAAAGCCCUGGGGUUUAAACUGGGCCUAUAUACAGGUGAGCAAUCUCAGGGCCAUCAUGGCUUUCUUUUUUUAACUGAAAAGGAAAACUAGAAUUUUUCAACUGACAAAGAAAACAUGAGUUUAGGCAAAGGAAAGACAAAAAAGUGUGUUAUGCUUACUGUUUAUGUUUUAAAGAUUGAAAUAAUUUUACUUUGUGUUCACUCUUUAAGUUUGUCCAAAUUAGAUGUAAAGAUCUGACCAAAGAUAUUGACCAAUCAAAUUUAAAGUAACCAUUUAAUCUAAACCUUGCCAUAAUUUAAGGUUUUUUUUUCCUUUAAUAAUUGCAAAAACUCGUUGUUCAUUUUUACAUCAUAUUUUAUUGGACAUUUUAUAAAGUCUAUAAUUAAUUUUCAGUGUUCAAGAAUGUUUUUGGAAAUGGUCUUUACUUAAAAUUCAAUUUUUGUGACUGAUUUAUUAUUGUGUCUCGGUGACAAGGAGCUUCUAUUUUCAAUUUAUUUAAUGAUGAAAAGAACUUAAUAUGAAGAAUAUUUAGAAAAUAGUUUUAAUAUGUAUGUAAUUCUGGCAUAUAGUUUUCCUUUUAUCUUACCAGGAGUUCAUAUAACCAUGUACCCAAUAUUUCAUAAAUAAAAAGCAAAAUUUAUGUCCCUUUUUCACCAUUGCAAUUUAGAAAUAUUCUCCUUAUUUUCCGUAUUUGACCUUGAAAUCUGGAAAUGUUUUCCUUAUUUACUGUUGCAGACUAGACUUAUUUUCCUGAUUUGCUUUAUAUUUGCAGUCUAAAUUAUUUUACCCAUGCACUUUGCACAUGUUUGCGGUUUUAACUUAUCACACAAUUGAAUAUCAGUUUAUGCUGUGAAGUUUUUACUUUGCCCUGUUUGCAAACUAUUUGUGUUUGGAAUAUUUAUUUUCUUCUUUAGUUUUGAAAACAGAAAAAAUGAUUAGGAGUUCAGUUUAAAGAUUUUUUACUUCUAACAACUAAUUUUACAUUUUAAUUUACAUGAUUGACUAAUUUUAUAUAAUUAUAAUAUAUGAAUGACUUAUUUUAUAGUCCAUUGUACUUGGAUUCAUAUCUGUGAUAUAUUUAUUGCUCAUGAAAAUUAUUAAGAUAUAUCUAUUUCCUAUAUGAGCAAUAUUUUUAUUCAAUAUACAUGAUAUACUGUAAAUAUUUAUAAAUGUGAAUUUGAAAGAAGAUCAGUAACAUUUCAUGAAAACAACUAGGAAUUCUAUGGGUUUCUUUUGCUGUCUUCAAACUGUUCUCACAUUGAAAAUUAUGAAUUGGUUGACAUUUUUACACAACAAUUCUGAAUCAGUUCUAAAAUUUCAACAAGCAAGUUACUAUUGAUAUAUAGAUAUAAAAAUCUUCUUUGCACAAUUUCUUAAUUCUUUUUGUGUAGUGUUGUUUAAUAGCUUUAUAAAAAAAAUUGCUCCCAAGCUAGAUUUACCCUGUAUUGUAGAUAAAAGCAGGAUUCGGAUAUUUUAAAACCGUCUUAAGCUUAUCCGUCCAAUUUGUUUUUUCUUGUUUACCUUUUUUUCUUGUUUACUUCAGGAAUUACCCAAUACUUUUUGCCUUUGCCUAAAAUUCCCCUGUAUUGUAGCUUUUUUGUAUAAAUUAAGCACUUUUAAAAACCAUCUUAGGCUAAAUCCGUCCUAUGUUGUUACUAUUUAUAUAUCUCAACAUUAUUUAAAUUUCCUGUCUAAGACUGGAUCCGUCCUUGACAUGUAGAUUCCAUAAUACUCAUUGCUUUAUUACCUUUUGACAGUGUCAUUGCUGUUUAUACCUUUUAUUAUAUAGAUUGUUAGAUAUUGAUAUACCUAAAUAAAAUUUAUGAUGAUAAA